GCAACCCAACCAACGCCCUCCCUCGCUCUCUCUCUCCUCUCCGCACUUACUCUUUCCACCCUUUAAAAGAGCAGAAAGCGGGAGUCGCAAAUAAAAGCAAGCCCUCUCUAUACCAGACACCAGAGUCCAGAGAGGGAGAAGAGAGAAACCUUAUGGAGUGAAAGAGAUGUCAGGGACGGGUGCUAUUGGAGCCACCCCAGAGAAAUGUUAAAGCGUCUCAAGUCAAUUAGUAGCAUAGCCGUUAGAGAGUGUACGCUUGGGUGGUUUAGCUGACAGACUUGAGACUUGAGAGGGGAUUGUAAUCGUUAAAAGGGGAAAGAAAGGACAAAAAAUCGAAUCCACGAUGAUGGCGGGGAUGGUGCAAGACCAGAAUCUGGAGAAGCAGUUUGAGAAACAGAUUGGUUGUAUGGCUGGUUUUUUCCAACUCUUCGAUCGCCAUCAGCUAAUCACUGGCAAAAAAGCCUAUUCCACCAAGCGCCUCCCUCCUUCCAAGGUUAUUGAUCAGGGGUCGGAAAAUUCCGCCGCAUCAUCACCGGCUAUCUCGAGAGAAUUAUCAAAACCACAAGCUUUAAAGCAUCCGGCCACGCCAAAACCAGAGCAAAGCCACAUAGCUUCGGUGCCGGAACUCCGAUCACCGGAGCUUCUACCGCCUAAAUCACCUCUUCCUCUUCCCAUAUUUGAAUUGAAGGAAGGGACGAGGUCAUCCUGGAAGUUCUGCAAAGAGGCUCCCAGGCUCUCGCUCGACAGCAGAGCCACCGUAGACGCCAAGGGAAGCCUUCAUCCGAGAGAGAUCCGAACCAGCUCUGCCAUCUCAAGUGCCAAUGCCGCCGGCGAUGGCGAUGACAAACAACGACGAUCCCCCAGCGUCAUUGCGAGGCUCAUGGGACUGGAACGACUGCCGGAUUCCAACCCGGACCCGGAGCCUGCCAAAAAGGUCGAGCUAAGGAGAUCGGCAUCGGAGUCGAGGGUUUCCCGGGAUCUAUUUCAGUAUCGGUGUAUUGAUGGUAACAGCAACAACUACUUCUUCCAAGUAAAGCAGCCUAAUCAACAGCAGCAUUCGGUUUCACAGAAUGCGAAUGCGGCGGCAAUCGGAAAUAAAUGUCCAUAUUCUAAGGCUGCAAGGCCAGUGGAUCACCACAUAAACUGGUAUUCAACAUUCCCAAGUAAUAACGCGAAUGCCAUGUCCCAACAGCCCAAGGCAUUGAACAGAGGAGGGAUGGUUCCAUCACCGUGGAAAGCACCGCCACACCGUAGAAGCUUUUUCGACACUGCUGAUGUGUUUCCCGAGCCAAAGCAGGCGGCCACGGUUUCUGUGUGCGGAGACAUUGAAAGGAAGCUGAAAAUGAGAGGAAUUGAUGAGCCUUCCAAGGAUCUAGAAACGCUCAAACAAAUCCUCGAGGCUCUGCAACUCAAAGGCCUUCUCCAUUCCAACAGGCCUUUCGAGCAACGGAACUUGGUGUACGAUCGGAGUUUCCCGUCCGAAGGUUCUCCGAUAGCGGUAAUGAGACCGGCGAGUCCGAGAAUGGGGAAUGAUUCGCCAGCAUCAAGGUACGGAGUUCGCCGGAAUUCAAACAUGACUUCUUCCGGAGAAUAUUCACCGACGGUGAGUCCACGUCGAGAAGGGUCGAGUGACCGGAAUCGGAGCACAAGGAGUCCGACCAGAGUCAGGAGUGAGAGUAAUGCGAGGCGGCCGAAUAACUCAAUGGUGAAACCGAAGCCAUUGAACGUCGAAACUCAAAGGCGAGCAGCAGUGGCAAAUGAGUCAACGGAGAAGCGGAGAGUCUGCGGAGUGGAGGCACCCAAGGUCAGUUCGAGGAGAAACGGAUGCUCGCCGGAUCAUCAGGCGGUGGUGAUGAAUCGAUUACCAAGAAAUAGGAGAUCAACGGGUGAGAUGUAUCAUAAGGAGAAGAUAACCACGGUGGUUACAGAGGAUGAGUCAUGUUCCAUAUCCGAAAGUACAUUCAGCACAUCCUCUCAAACUGAUACGGAGCAGAGAUGGAAGGUGGAGGAGUACAGAGGAGGGAAGAGUCUGCUGGAGAGGUGUGAUAAGCUGCUUCACAGCAUAGCGGAGAUGAAUGCAGGCGACAUGCAACCGAGUCCGGUAUCGGUUCUGGACUCGUCGUCAUUAUUAUUCUACAAGGACGAGUCGUCGUCGUCAUCACCCUCGCCUGUCAUGAAGCGGAGCAUUGAUUUCAAAGAAGAUCAAUCAAGUGAAGUGGACGAAGAGACGUGGGGUUCUGUAUUAUUUCCUGUUGAAUCAAAACUGGAAGCUGCCCCUGAAGACUAUGAUUUUGUUUACAUCUCUCAAGUUCUCGUGGCCUCUCAUUGCCUCCCCGAGGAUUCUGAUAUCUUUCUACUUCUGGAGGAGCAGCAGUAUCUCGAGGGAAAGGACAUCUCUAAGGUUUCCAGGCUGCGGAGGAGACUGAUAUUUGACGUCAUUGCAGAAAUUCUGGAACGAAACGGGCACUUACCCCCCUGGAAGGCCUUUUCCUGGUCAGAUUCUCAAACGGUAAAAUCAUCGGUGAGAAAGAUUUGGUCCGAGUUUCGGAGAAUUCGGGAGCGUGACACUGCAGAGGACUUGUUUGACAUCAUUCGGGGAGCUCUUAAAAAGGAUUUGGCCGGAGACGCAAUCAAUGGCUGGGGAGAAUGUCCCGUGGAGUUGUCGGAGGCAGUGUUGGACAUCGAACGACUCAUAUUUAAGGAUUUAAUAGGCGAAACAAUCCGAGAUCUCGCAGCAUUUGGCUGUAAAACCACGGGCUCAGUUACGCCUCGUAGGAAGUUAGUUUUCUGAUAAGGUGGCUGAACCACAACCCCCCCCCCCCCCGCCUUUUUUCUCUUUCCUGUUUUCGCUCGCUUUCUUUUAUCUUUGCUUUUUUUAAAAAAAAUAAAAAUAAAAAUGGUUUGGCCACGAUCUGUAUCGGUGUUGUCUCUUCUGUCUUCGGUUUCCAGGAGUCUUGGAGUGUUAAAAAGAAAGAAAGGAAAAGAAAACGAGGGAGCUAAUUUUUAACGGUUACUUUUGCUAGCCCCCCUAAAGUAAAGGGACUAAAGAAAAAGAAUAAUAAAAAAAAAAGUGUGAAAGGAGAAGUGUGAUUUCGCUUUUUCACUUGGCUUUCCCUGCAGAUGCGCAUGUGCUAGGUGACAGGCAAGAAUAAUGAAGGGCUGCACGUGAUUAGACUAGUACCAUAAUACAAUUCCAUCCACGACCGGUCGAGUCGUGUUUGGAAAAUGCAAAA